GUCCGGAGUAGUGUCCGCUAGCUAACGGUUGCUAAAGCAAAGCUAGUGCAAAGCCGCUCGGUUGGUCUCGUUGAUGAGCUUCAAUAUCCCAUCGACGAACAGGAUUUAUUCAAUUCAAAACAGACGACAAUUCAAAACACACACCCCAAAAAAGUGGGAGGCGCGUGCAGCUGGUCUCGCUCUGCUGUAUGACCCGCGGGACCUGCGGCCAGAUGACCGGCCGACCUCUCGCCUCAUCAUGAAUCCUGUCAGCUACCACAGCAUGAGGUCCUCCGUGAACGGUGGUCAUCCCAACAAUGUCGUGGAUCGGGUCUUGAGCAACUCCAACGUGAAGUGCUGUCAGAAAUGUGGAUUUGCCUCCCCGGACGCCGCCGAGCUGAAGAGGCACAUGCUGGAACACAGAGGGACGAGGUUCUACUGCUUCUACUGCAACAAAGUCACGUUCAGCGAGGCAGAGUUGAACGCCCACCUGAAGCAACACAGCAACAAGUAUCCGUUUAAAUGUCCUCACUGUGGACAGGGCUACAUGAGGCGGUUGUGCCUGGUCAAGCACAUCGAUCGCUUGCACAGUAAAAGCCUCAUUCAAGAACUCGCUAGGCCCGGCACAACAAAAAACUCGCAUGCCCCCGCCUCCGGUGCCUUAUCUAGUGUGCCCACCGCUGAUCCGGCAUCGUUCCGGCCGGCCGUCCGGGUGACGGUGCCCAUCCCGGGAAUAUCUGCGGUCAGGCCGGCUUGGGAUGAACUGCGGGGGAAAACACUGGACACGAACGGGGCAAGUGCCACGCAUGGCAAUGCGGAACUUCUGACCCCUUUGAAUGGACUCGUGCAGCACAACAGAGCUCUGACGGUGUCUCUUCCGGAGGAGGUGACGAUCCCCGCCGGCUGUUUGGUGGAGCUCGUUGAGGUGAAGACCGUCAACGGGACCAAGGAGCUGAAGCUGAGGCUCGUCUCUAAACAGGAAAACGAGUCUGUGAUAAAAGAGACGAGGAGCACAGUGCCUCAAAACAGUGCACUGGGAAAGCCCUUCUUAUACUCAUUAAAUCGCCCCAACGCGGUGAAAUCCAUGAGCAUGGGGAUGUGCACCGUCAACAGGAAGCAGUGUGAAACAAACCCCGUGAAUGUGGAACGUCCUGUCGCUUUCCCCGUUUCCAAAAACCUCCAGAAUCACGUAAACAAAGAGAAAAAUGGAUUUAAAAGAGCCUCGCAUGAAAUAAUCAACUUGGAAAGUCACACAGUCGUUCCAAACAAGGUUCCCAAAGUCAUCCUCAACACUGGAAGAGACGGAAACAGUGUGAUCCAAGGUACCCCGAGCGAACCGGUGAACCACAAUGCAGCCGUGGCCUCGGUCAUCUGCAACAGGCUCGGCCAAAGGUUUGCGAGCGCCCUGCACCCCGAGAACACGGCGGCGCGUGUUUCUCAGCGAGCCGUGGACGAGAGGACUAAUUUGGUUCCAGAGCAUUCCAAGAGUAUCCCACCCAGCAGGGCGAGCGACUUAAAAAUCCCUCCCCGGGAUGUUUCUGUGGCUGUGAAGCUGGAACCGGGCGAGAUACGCCUCAAGAGCAACGCCGCUCAGAUAAUAAAAAAAGAGGCGGUGGGCUUGAACCAGCAACCUUCUUCUUCUCCGGCCUUGAGCGUCCUCUUGGCGGCAUCCGCCCAAGUGAGACCUCCGCCGAAACUGCUUUGUAAGGACGAGGUUUCAUGUCCGUCUUUUUCCAUUCCCAGAAACCUAAGCGAGUCCUCGUCGGUCAAAACGCCGGCGCCGUCCAGCUGCAGGGGUCCAAAGGCGUCGUCCUGGGCCCAGGAAGUCGGGUCCGGUCAGAGGGCGGGAGAACGGGACACGCUAGAGCCGGAGGGUUUUCCCAUCAUCUCCUCCGUGUUUUCACUUAGCCAACAGCCGGAGCACGUCCAGGGCUCCAUGCAACCGCUGGUCAUGGCGCUGCGCGGUAUAGUGAUGGAUGAAAGCAGCGGCGCCGAAAGCAAAGCUCAAGAUCAGGUGGCGGUAACGAACGCCACGGAGCGGGCGGUGGAGCCGGCGACAUGCCACGCUCGGGUGGCCGCAAAAGACGACUCCAUCGUCCACAGGCGUUUGUCGACGGAGCGGACCGGUGACUCCGUCAAAGUCGAGGAUAAAGGUAUGCAGCAUCCUCCCGCCCCCGCCGACAACCCCGUCAAGGAGGAGAAAAACGGCGCCAAGGCAACAGACGUUGAGGAACGCAGUCACACUCCAGCUUCUAAGUCCCCAGCGGCCGAGGAAGCGGUUUCCACAAUCGCGGCGCGUGUGGAGGCGGAGCCCCAGCGGCCAGCGCACGACAUCCCAAAGUUCCUGACCGUCUCGCUCAAGCGGGUACAGGUGGGCCUGUGGAAAAAACCCAAGAAGGGGCUGAAACUCAGAAUAGCCAGAUACAAGACACCUGUGGGCGGUGUGACUGACUGCGCGGCCAUUUACCCGAUGCCGCUGAAGGUGGACCAGCUGGUGAAACGGCCGAGCCCCUACCAGCCCGUGGUGGUGCUCAACCACCCGAAGCCCCGGGUCGCCUUACAGGGCGCCAGAUUGGACGCCGACGCGGACACGGGAGACUCCGAGUUGGCUCCCAAGUGCCAAAUCUUAAAAAUGAGGCUGAGCAAAGUGAUGGGGCAGAAGUACGAGGUGCUGGGGUGCACUGUCGGUGUCUUUCCGUGAAUUUAUCAGCGCCCAGAAAUGGGGGAAGGGGGAUUAUGAACAAAAUGACUAGUAUUACAACGGAGAGGUGAUGACUUAAAGAAAGAGAAAAUACGAGCCAGGGGGGAUACGAUUUAAAAAACAUCUGGUUAUCAUUGUGUUACAUGUUGUUUGUACAGGCAUGAAAUGUGGACUAUUCAAGUGCAAUGUAGUUUGACUACCUUGAACCGAGGAACAUCUGCUUUGGGGGAUUGCAGUCUUACACAGAUGUUGAGUACUGUUCCGGAUGUUUGGGAACUUGGUAGAUCUGCCAAGAGUUGAGGCGGAAAUGCAUGCUGUUUAUUUAAAAAGGAUAACAUCCUGUGGUUGUUUUAUUUUUGGUUAUGUUUUCAUCAGUAACGUUUUGGCAGUAAUCUGGCUCCUCUAGAUUUUACCUGAUCUAUGUGUAGUACACCUGAGAGUAUUGAACCAGAGUGCACUCGCUCCCUCAGAACACAAUGUCAUAAAGAACCAAACUGAAUGACCAACCAAUAGCAUAAUGAUGAAAUGUUUGUGACCGCAUUAUUUGGAGAUUUGUUGAGCUUUCGGAAAGCUUUGCCCAUCGUUUAGCAUCCAUAGCGUCCCCUUUUUUCUCUCUUCAAUGCACACUUUUAACAGAAGAGUCCGAGACGAAGACAACCAAUGUGUUUCCAGUCAUCGCACAUGGAAGGAGAGCGCUACUUCCUUUGGUCCCCAGAGAUGAAGUUGAGAUGACACUUAUGUUACAUCCCAAAAGUCUUUUUAACACAAUUUUCUUAAAGCUUAAAAAAAAAAACUCCUCAAAAUCUGUCCUGAGAACUCUCAAGAGUUCACAGCCGGUUUAAAGUGUGGGUCGGUAGUGCAGUGGUGCAUUCAGGCAACUCCUUACAUACCCAGAAAUUGGAGAACAAUUGCGUGACUGAGUUGUAUUUAUUCGGCCAACAGUCACUGGUAAAUGGAUCACCUGAACUGGACCAAUCGCGGUGGAAAGAACCCACUACGUGGUGUAAAUAAUGGAAGCUGGGCCACACACGCUUGUGUGUGUUCAGGUUCUCUGAUUUGUAUGUAUUUUAAAUAACCGGGUGUUGCAGAGAAAUGGUUCAUAUUUUUUGCCACUCCUCCUUAAUGUGUUGUGUGAAGGGAAUUGUCACUUGUAUUAUAAAACUUGGAAUGUGCCCACAUUCCUCACCAGUGUUUUCCCCUUUCUGCCUUUCUGCCGCCAAUCUUGGUGAUAAAACCUUAAUGUCAUUAACAGUUGAUUGUGAGCGCCUGAAUGCACCGCGGGUCAGGUCUGAGGCUGGAGCCAACAGCUUUAAUCUGCUAACGCAGAAUAUAAGAAAAUAAAGCUUAAAGAAUCAUGAUGCAUUGUUUUUCUUCAUUUUUUAAAAUUGUAUUUUUAUUCUUGUCGUGUAAUCCAUCAGAUAUUUUUUCAUUAACUUAUUUGAAACUAGUUUCAUCGUCGUCUCGGAUCUUUUUUUUUUUCCUUGUUCCCAACGGUUCUCCGAUGACACUUCAUGUAACAUCUCUUUGUAUCUCCCUUUGCCAUGAAAAAAAAUGGAUCUGACGAAAGCCUCGCAAGCUGGUUUAUUACUGUUACAGAAAGCCACAUGCGUUCAUCUGAUCUUAUGUACAUAUUAAGUGAUUGUUGUGAUUCAGAGAGCCUGUUAUUUCCAUCAAAAGUACACAAGCAAUCUUCUCUCUGGAUGCUCUGUGGAACUGUUUUGGUUCUUGCGACAGCGUCACAAUGUUUGUGUGUGUGUGUGUGUGUGUGUGUGUGUUAUUAAUCAGUUACCACGAUGUAUGAGGUGCUCCACCUAACAAUUAACAGGUUUUGGUGGCCCAGUCUUUAUUGUGUGUAUAUACGUUCUGAUCACUCGCAGAUUUUAUUGUGUACAUACCUAUAAAUAUAAAAUGUGAUAGCUGUUUUUCAUGAUGUGUAGGUACUGGUUCACAUUCCACAGCCUCUUCAGCUAAAGCAGUUAAGUUGUGCUUUACUCUCCUGGAACGGCAGAGUCAGAAACUGACGUACUUUAUUGUUUGUUAUAUAAAUCUAUAAUAUUAUUUUAAAGAUGUUUAAGGGCGUGUUUUACUUUGCCUUCCAUUCUCUUCUCAUCUGUGCUAGAAAUUCUCAUGUCUGUUAAAGCUGUUUUUGGUUCAUUAUUUUGGUUUUCUUAUUGUGUCUCAUGCUUUUAUAAUAACAGUCAUGUAACUACUCUUUUUUUUCUAUUAAAAAAUGGUUGCGA